AUGUCGCACCUACCCCGACUCUUGACCCAGCGCAUACUAGCCACAUCAUCAAGCCUCCCAUGCUCGUCUUCCACUAGGAUCGUCUGCACAUGCCAUCAAGCGCGAACGUCGGCGACCUCUUUCUCGACCUUCGCAAGCCCGUGGAAAGCCAGGGAUGGAGACCGACAGCGCCCAUCUGAUGAUGAGGGUGGACAGCGUCAGAGAUGGACCAAGCCUCUGAAUGGAACACGAUCAAGACUGGGUGCCAGGACAACAGGAGGGACGCCGUCCGCUGCGGUACGGAAACCGUUUGACCGCUCGUCGACUUGGAACACAUCAGCACCACCUCGAUCUCCCUCUGGAGCUCGUUCACCCGCGCCUCCAACUCCUACCCCAAGCACCGCUGAAACCGGCCCCAAAGAUCCCCCACUCUGGCUCAAACACCGUCAAGCGAUGCGCGAGCGGUUCCCCCUCGGCUGGGCGCCUCCCAAACGAAUCUCGCGCGAAGCCAUGGACCUCGUCCGCACGAUGCACGCCUCCGAUCCCCUACGUUACUCGACGCGCGUGCUGAGUGAUCAUUUCAAGAUCUCCCCCGAGGCAGUGAGGAGGAUCUUGAAGAGUCGGUUCUCGUUGGACGUCGAGGAGAGGGAGAGGAGGGAGAAGAAGAGGAAGGAAACCAAGGCUUUGGAGAGGAGUAAGGCCGUUCAGGCGGGCACGAUGGGGGAGGGUACAGGUGGGGUCGAAACGGGGUGGAGGGGGGAUUUGGUCGGCGAGGUCAAGGAGAUUCAAGAGUUGAGGCAAAAAAACGCGGUCUUGGAGGCCGGCUUUGAGGAGAAGAGGAGGGUCAAGAGGGACGAGGAGAGGAUGACAGGGGUUGGUCGUCCAAGGAAUGAGCAACGCGGAGCACCGGCGCGGAGUGGUACGAGAAGACCCCGGUAG